CCAUGAUAGCGGGGCCGUGGGUGACACGUAAGUUGGGUGGGAGGUGGCGGACCGCUGGAGCUGCCAGAUCAGUGACACCGGCCCACCGGCCCCCUCCUAACCCGACCAGAGCAACCUGUCCCCAUCUCUCCACCAUCCGAGGAGGACCUUGCGCGGGGACGCCUCGGGGAACCAGGUCCCUUUGUUGGGCGCGCGUCCCCUACCAGUGGUAGCGACAAAGUCCAGCCACGGGAGCCGGCGCGAGGGGCGGGGACGGACGGUGUGGACGGCGAGGCCAAGAAGUGUGCAGGAAGGAAAGCAGGGUAGGCGGCGCGUGGGGACCGGCGCCAAGGGCAGCGGGCUCUGAAGUAUGCAAAGGGACCUCACGCGGGCCCAGCCACUCGCGGAGAUUUGACGUCCCAGAAGUUUGGUGGCCGCUACCCGGGUGGCGUCGAUGGCCUGGCGCCCCGCCGUACGCGGGGGCUGAGCAGCCGCCUCUUCCCCUCUGGCCCCGCUUUUGUGUCUUGCGUCUUCUGCUCAUGCCGAGUCCGGCUACUUCCCGCGGUGGCCGCUGCUGAGCCGCCCGACUCAGCCGAGGACCGAGGACACGACGGCGCCCGCCGCCGCCGCAGCGCGGGGCGCAGGAGGGACUAUGGGAAACGGGAUGUGCUCCCGAAAGCAGAAGCGGAUCUUCCAGACGCUGCUGCUACUCACGGUGAUCUUCGGCUUCCUCUAUGGCGCGAUGCUCUACUUGGAACUGCAGACCCAGCUGCGCAAAGCCGAGGCGGUGGCGCUCAAGUACCAGCAGCACCAGGACUCACUCUCUGCCCAAUUGCAAGUUGUAUACGAACACAGAUCAAGACUAGAGAAAUCUUUGCAAAAGGAGAGGCUUGAGCACAAGAAAGCAAAGGAAGAUUUCCUUGUUUAUAAGUUAGAAGCACAAGAAACACUGAACAAAGGAAGGCAAGAUUCCAAUAGCAGAUACAGUGCAUUGAAUGUCCAGCAUCAGAUGCUGAAAAGCCAGCAUGAGGAGCUGAAGAAGCAGCACAGUGAUUUGGAAGAGGAACACCGUAGGCAAGGGGAAGACUUCAGCAGAACAUUCAAUGACCACAAGCAGAGAUACCUGCAGCUUCAGCAAGAAAAGGAACAAGAACUUUCUAAGCUGAAAGAAACUGUCUAUAAUCUGAGAGAAGAGAAUAAACAACUAAGAAAAGCGCACCAAGACAUCCACACGCAGCUUCAAGAUGUCAAGCAACAGCAUAAGAAUUUACUCUCCGAGCAUGAACGGCUUGUAGUGACUCUGGAAGACCACAAGAGUGCACUGGCUGCUGCACAGACUCAAGUUGCAGAAUAUAAACAGCUGAAAGACACUCUCAACAGGAUCCCCAGCUUGCGAAAUCCUGAGCCAGCAGAGCAGCGGAACAUUUCCUUAUCCCAGGGAACUCCACAAGGUUACAAUGUGAGAGAGAAGCCGACAGGAGAGCUAAGGGAGGUGCCUCUAAAUAACGAGGUGUGGCAGAACCAUGAUGCAGUGCCGAGAAAGACGGAAGAGAAAACUUUCUCAUCCCUGCCCAAGGAAACCGGCUUUCAGGCUCCGGCAGAGCAGAACCAAGUGGAACCCAGAGAGCCCGAGGAGCGUCAGGUGGAAGAGGAGCACAGGAAGGCACUGGAAGAGGAGGAGAUGGAACAGGUCGGGCAGGCAGAGCGUCUAGAGGAGGAACAUGACCCCUCGCCGGAGGAGCAGGAUCGGGAGUGGCGAGAUCAGCGGGGACAGGAUGCCCCCCACCUUCUGGAUGGCCGCCCUCAAGCUGAGGUGAACCAUCCCACCAAGGCAGUGACGAAUUUCCGAUCCCCCUAUGAGGAGCAGCUGGAACAGCAGAGACUGGCAGCGAGGAGGGAUGAGGAAGCCCAGAGACUGAGAGAACACCAGGAAGCUUUGCACCAACAGAGGCUGCGAGACCACUUGCUACGCCAACAGCAGCAGGAGCAGCUCCUGGCCAGGGAGGUGGCUCCGCAAAAGCAGGCAGAGCAUGAGGAAGACCAGCAGCCGCAGCACCCGGAGCAGCUACGGCAGCAAGUUCAUUACAAUGCCGUGGAGAAUGACAUCGUGCAGGGGGCUGAGGACCAGGGAAUCCACGAAGAAGAGGGAGGAGCCUAUGGAAGAGAUAACCAACGCCAAGAUGAAGCGGAAGGAGAUCCAGGCAACAGGCAAGAACCUCAUGAACCAGGGCCCCAAGAAGCUGACCCAGAAGCUGAGGCAGAUACGGCAGCUGUGGAGGACAUCAACCCAGCAGACGACCCCAACAAUCAAGGGGAAGAUGAAUUUGAGGAAGCUGAGCAAGUGAGAGAAGAAAACCUGCCAGAGGAAAGUGAAGAGCAAAGACCAAGGGAGCCCAAGCGAGAGAAUGCAGAGAUGGAUGAGCACUUGGUGAUGGCAGGGAAUCCAGACCAGCAGGAGGAUAAUGUUGAUGAGCAGUACCAGGAAGAAGGAGAGGAAGAGGUUCAGGAAGAUCUGACUGAAGAGAAGAAAAGGGAAUUAGAGCACAAUGCUGAAGAGACCUAUGGUGAAAACGCUGAUGAUAAAAAUAAUGAUGGCGAAGAACCAGGAGCUCCAGAUGGUGCCCAUUCCAAAGGAAGAGAGGAGCAUUAUGAGGAGGAGGAAGAUGAGGAAGAAGAGGGGGCCGCUAUCGCUGAGAAAUCACAUCGGAGAGCAGAAAUGUAGCCGGACCCAAUUUCUAGACUAUGCUCAGCCAUCCAUUUUUUUUUUCAAGCUGCUCUAAAACAAGUCCCGCCUACUGAAUUCUAGAAUAUUUAAUUACAUACAAAAGUAAGGGUUUAAACUUUUUUAACUUUUAUAUUAGAAAUGCUAUACAUUUAUACGAAUAUAUUUUGAUAACUUAGAACUUCUUUUAUAGUCAAGUUAAACAUGGAGAAGAAAAAAAACAAUAAGACAUGCCUUCAGGUCUGACUCUUACUCCUCAGAGAUGGUGUGAUGUUGGAAAGUGCUUGGCUUUGGUGCAUGUCUCAGCUUGUUACUUUUUUCUUUUCUGGCUUCCAGGGAGUCUACCAUUUAUAUUGGAUAAAAGGCAGGAUUGGACUUAGAAACAAGGUGUACUGAAAAACACUGUGCAAAUGUCGAAGGAAUGACCGGUAGCCUAGUGGCUAUUCCUGCAGGUUCUUAGGUACGGCUCUGAUAGGAUGUCACUGCUAUAGGCUGACUGGAAAUGAGAUCCAUCUGCGCCUUUGACCUGUAAUUGGAAAGGUGUGUGUGUGUGUGUGUGUGUGUGUGUGUGUGUGUGUGUGUGUGUGGCAGAGCAAAGACAUUGUGUUUUCCAACUUUCCAACUUUCAGGUCAGUUAGCAGUGCUGAAAGAUCACAGCUGCCAUGUUUGAGAGGAAUCAAGUAUGAAAAUCGAAUAAUAUUAAUACCCCUAGGAAAGUAUCUUGGACUUGGUCUUCAGUUAUAGAGGCCAAACAAGGGCUGACACACUUAGAAACUGAUCUAGUCUGUGUGAAGUUGCUUCCUGGGUGACCUCCCAGUCUCCAUUAUUUCUUAUCUAAAGUUUCUUAGUUAUAUUCUCCUUGGUAUCCAGUUUCUACAGCACAUAUUUCUCCCUUAAGCUCUGUGCCUUGGUAUGUAACUAUUUGGAUCACAGCUAUCGAUAUGAAAGCAUGCAAUGCUACAGUUUAAUAAGAUUAUUUUUCAAAACUAUAUGGUGAAAUAUCUAUAGCACUAUGAUAAGAACUGCACCCUCAGUGGCUUUACUGUUUACCCAGAAUUGACCUGCCUUCGCCUAUACAUAAGGCAUUUUAAUGGCUGUGAGUAAUAAUACAUCCCUUAGGAGAAAAUUCAGAGUGGAAAUUUUUCCCAUAAAUGAGCACAUAUUUCAGCUUGGAUCAUCAAUAUGGUUAAACACGUAGAACUGGGUCACAGUUCAUCUGUGUGUGGUUUUUAAAUACUACUUUCAAAAUCAUAAAAAUGAAUUUCAUUUUGUACUCUUAUUGUAUGAAUGUAAUUUUAGUUUUUAAUAGCCACAGUCAUGUAUGGUGUUGAUUUUCCCAGCUGAGCAAUUGUGUAUGUGUGCAUAGAACUGUUCCGUAUUUUGGAUUUCUAGUAGCCAUAAAUCAAAUCUCAUCUUUAUGUAUAAAAGCCCCAUUAUGUAAUGUAAAAUGUAUAAUAUUGUACAUAAUAUUCAAAAUACAAUUAUUUUGGUAAAUUAGUUUGUAUUUUAAUGUCCCAGUUGCAGUAUUUAAUUAUUUGAAACAUAUUGAACCUAGGGUAUUAACCAAUAAAGAUAUAAAAAGUGAGGGGUAAGUCUUUUAAAGCAUAUAAUUUCUUAGUGGUUUGUGAGCUACAGUUUUUCUUUGUAAGAAGAAUAUAAAUUAAUGAAUUAUUAAAUGCCUUUGCCAAACUGCUUCACUUCCUUUCUUUUUCUGCUUUGAUUGGCGCUUGAGUUCUCUUCCUCCAUCAUCUUACUGAAAGAAGGAACUAAGGACUUUCAUUGUCUUUAAGCUAACUUUGGGGACUACAAAUAAGAAAUUGCUCUUUAAAAGCAUGAGAAAGCAUGAGUGUCCUGUUCACAAUCCACUAAAUUACCAGUCACAAACCAUUCUGGAUUAGUUCUAACUCCAUGUUGGAGGAGCAUUCUAGUGAGAACUAAAUCCACAUGUGAUCCCCAUUAGCGAAAAGAACAGAUGUAAAUUAUCAGUUAGAUUCAUCUUGCCAAGUACUCUGUAACUUUUGUUUGGCCAAGAGUCAGAGGAGCGCUGGGGAGAGAAUUCAGUUGGUUCAGUACUUGAUGUCUAAGCAGGAGGGUUUGUUAUAGCUCUAGCACCCAGACAAAGAAGCACAAUGCACUGUCAUCUGAGCAUUUGAAAGGUGGCCCAAAUACUUAAUGGUUAAAAACAGUACUUCAACAGAAAACAGGAUUUUGAAGUCUUCACAAUUUAUGGGUUUCUAUUCCUUUGUUAUUAUCCCUUUCAUUUUUUAGUUGGCAAGCACUCAGCCGUAUCUGGGCUGCUACAUCUGUACACCAUUUUAAGUAAUUGGAAGUGAAAUAUUUUUGUCCUUUACCAUCUUGGCUGACCUUGUUCUCCCCAUUCCCUGUAUGUUCCUAAUGGAGCUUGAAAUUAAAUGUCAUUUCUGUUUAUCUGUUAUCACAUAUUUCUGUUUUCGUAUUAACGCAUCUACAGCAUUGCCCUGAAAGUACAUGUCUUCUAAAGAACUGGUUCAUUGGACAACAUGGUCUUGAGCAAGACGAGACGAUGUCUUUUGACCUGGUGUGUUCUUUCCUCUCUGAAGAUACGUGUACCAUUUAUAUUUGGUGGCCCGUUCACUCGUUACAGUUUUGAGAGUUUGGGGGUUUUGUGGGUAUUUGACUUUUGCUAAGUUCAUUUGCUCUACUAGAAUUAGUCAUGAAAAUUGUUAUUAUUUACGUAUUUUAAUUUUAACACACGGUCUUGCUAAAUUGCUCAGAUUGGAUCUGAAGUUUCAAUUCUCCUUGCUUUACUCCUCUAUUAGUUAGAAUUCAUGGUCCACAAGCCCUGGGUCUGGCUUAGACGUGUGUUUGUGAGAACAUGCGCAUGUUCAUGUGUACGCCCAUGUCAGUAGAGGGGUGCGUAAGCACAUGUGUACACAAGCUUUGGGGUUCAGGGGACAGCCUCAGGUCUCGUUUUGUCUGAGUUCUCCACCUCCAUGUUUAAAAGACGGUCUUUUGAUUUCAUUUGCCUGGAACUUGCCAAGUAGGCUAUGUUGGUUGGAUAUUGAGUCCCUGAGACUUUCCUGUUUUAUCUCCUUAACACUAGGAUAACUGGUGAGUACCACUGUUCCUGACACUUUUAGUAUAUGAUCCUAAUCAAACUCAGAUGCUCAUAACCAUGCAGCAUGCAUGUAACCAACUGAGCCAUGCCUUAAACAUUUCAAUAAAUGCAGUCCAAAUAUCUUUUAUAUCCCUCAACUCUAGCCAGUUCCUUUCUGUGAUGGUUUCAGAGUUUGCUGAGGGGAUCUUCUGGAGCCUAGCUUUCCUUCACUUGUUUGUGUAAAGAAUUUACUUAUUGACUUAAGAAAAAUAAAAUUUAAGAGGAGUAACCAUGUGGGACUCAGAGGUCAGAUUCUAAAAGAUAACGUAUCCUCCUCGCUCUGGCUUUUGAAUCGCUCACUAUGAAAUGCCAGCAACCAAAUGUCGAGGACUACACAGACAGCCUUUGGAGAAGCCCUUCCUCCACACCUACUGGAGCAGAUGUUUCCUGACAAUGGCAACAUAAGAGAACUCGGAGGGAGUGAAUCCUCGAAAUCCUGUCAAGCCUUCAGAUGAUGCAUCUGCAUUGUGUGACAUGGGAAACGUGUGCAGAGCAACCCAGAAAUGUCAUUUCAGACUCCCCUAGAGUUUGAAAAACUGGGUACACAGCAAUAGCUACAGCAUCCAUUUCUGAGCGGUUUGUAAGUCAAAGGGGAGUGGGUAGUGUCGACUCUGUCCUACAGUCACACUGCCAGUGUCCUUGGCCGUCUAACCAGGUGCUCCACUCUGUUAGCGUGGAAGGUGGAGUUCAACUAAUGAGCCAAACAAGUUGAAGCCAGUUUAUUUGUUGAAAAUUAUUAGAUGAUUUAAGAGAUAUCUAUAGCCUCUCGACCUUGUCUAUACCCUUGAUAACUUUUAUUUGUUUUUACUGUGUUGUUUUGUUUAAGAGAUUCCAAGCCUUUUCUCAACAAAAUGAGAUCAAGAUCUCUGAGAGAAAAGUCUAGACACCAGUAUUUAUUUUUUUUUAAAAAAAUCAUUCCAAUAAAUUGUCAUUGCAGGGACUCUAUGAUUCUAGAUGGAUAAAGCAUGCAAGGCAGCUUCAUGGGGGUCAGAAUUCUGACUGUAGGGGUGGUUAUACAAAUCUGUAUAUGUACUAAAAUUCAUAGAAUUGUCCACAAUAAAAUUCUACUUUUACUGAAUGGUAAUUGAAAAUCAAAUAAUGUAGCCUAUGCAUUGUUUUUGAAAGCCUCAGAUGAUUAAUAUUCAGCAGGGUGAAGUACCUCCAUCUGUCCUUUUAAGGGAUGGUGUAAGCGUUCAUAACUUUGGUACAACCUGUGUUAAUAUCUACCAUUAACUAACUGCCUGUUUCUAGACACACCCCCAAAACCUCCUGUAUGGAUGUAUCAAAUUGUCUAUGCUGCAGUAUUUUACAGUAAAUUACAA